AUGUGCGGGAAUGAAGUAGCGAUGGAGAGUUCGAACGAUGAAGCGUGCCGGCCUGCUGUGUCGCCGAUGGUGUCCCCCAACGGUUCCAACAAGAUCAUCGGUCGAAACGUGAAUGGAACCAUGGUGGUCACCUCAGCGCCCUCUAACGAAGCAGAGCUGCAACUGUACCGAGUAAUGCAACGCGCCAGCCUCCUGGCCUACUAUGACACUCUGCUUGAAAUGGGUGGUGACGACUUGCAGCAGCUCUGCGACGCUGGCGAGUCUGAAUUCCUUGAGAUCAUGGCACUCGUGGGAAUGGCAUCCAAGCCGCUGCACGUCAGACGUCUGCAGAAGGCCCUGCAGGAGUGGGUCAACAACCCGGCUUUGUUCCAGAUCCCCAUCGUCCCCAACCUUUGUCCUUCAGAAAACCCGUUCAUGGGGGUCGGACGAGGUUUAAUUGGCCUGCCUGCUGCUAUCCCGAGUGUCAUGUCACGAGCGGUGGCGUCACCUGAGAGCAACAGACCCGCGUACAGCCCCUCUCCAGGAGCACCAGAAAACAGCUGCGGUUCCACCGCGUCGGCGUGCAAUGCAAGUCCGGUGCACAAUCAGACUAAUUUCUCCAAAAUUGUGCUGCCGCCAUCCCCUGCGCCCGCAGCCCCCGUUACUACCUCUGCAUCUCGGUCGUUCUCCCCUCAAAGCGCGUGUCCUCCAUCCGCUGGUUCCAGUCCCGGAUCCGUCACCUCACCAGUCCUAACACCGGUUCUCUUGGAUGUGCAUGUACAAAAGCUAGCGGCAGCAGCUGAGAAGCUCAGCAAAAACUUGCCACAGUUGGAACCAAAGCCGCAAAACACUAAAAAGAAGAUGUGUAAGGAGUUGGAACUGGUUAUGCUUAUGCCUGAAUCGGAUCCUCGACGGAUGGAGGAGAUCAGGAAAUACGCGGCAAUUUACGGGAGAUUUGACUGCAAGAGGAAACCAGAGAAGCCUUUGACGCUGCACGAGGUGAUGGUAAACGAAGCAGCUGCACAGAUGUGUCGGUGCGUGCCGGCGCUGCUUACCCGCCGCGACGAGCUGUUCCCGCUCGCACGGCAACUCGUGCGCAGGGCGGGCCUGCACUACUCCAAACACAGUUUACCGCCCGCAGCGUCAGUGGGUGAGGAUCGAGAACGGGAUGAGGACGAGACACCCAGCAAGCGACCGCGCCAGGAGGAUGAAGGGGAAAAUGGAGUGCGAGCGAGCCCUGAGGCGGCGCGCAGCAACUCCACCCAGAGCUGGUGGGGUAAGACCGAGAGUGACGACGCCGACUCCCGCUGCUCCUACUCCAGCGCCAGCAGCCCUCCACCCCAGGCCAGCCCGCACCAUGAACAGGAGGAGAACCGCCCGCAAGUGGUAGCAGCGCGCGGGGACAGCAUCAUCGCCGUCGCCAACCCCGCCCUCGCCCCGCUGCCUGCGCACCCCCCGCACCCCGCCAGGAACCACUCCACCUGA